CUCACAAAGCGACCUAUAAAUAGCGACCGUCGGGUUUUGUGGGCCUUUCUGUUGUUGCUGCCGUCGCCAUCUUCUGCAGAAGUUUCUGGCGGUAACUGGGCAAUCGUGUCCAUCGGCCGCCAUCCGACUACCGCGUUGCUGCCUGUUCUCGGGGACUGAGCCCGGGGGACUCACCCCGACAUGAGAGCCAAGUGGCGCAAGAAGCGUAUGCGCAGGCUGAAGCGCAAAAGGAGAAAGAUGAGGCAGAGGUCCAAGUAGACAUCUCCCACAGAGCUACUGAAGCUGCAGAUUGGAACAUGGAAAAGUGGAGCUUGGGAAGCUGCCUUUCAGAUGCCUUUUAUUUGUGCUGCUGUUAGAAAAUACCUUGCCUAACUUCAGGAGUUUCCAUCUUAAAGCCUAAGAGCUGUGAGCCUUAGGGUGGUGCACCUGAGCUUUACAAUCUGGACUGAUCCUGUUCUUUGUGGCUUGAUGUAGCGACUGUAUAAAAUAAAACCCAUUUUGGGAAUUCAUCACAUCUAUUUCCCCCCCCACCAAAUGUUGAAUCUUCAGUAAAAGUAAAAGAUUUUGACAUAGCAGUGGCCCAAAUAAUUUCUGAAUGGCUUCUAAAAUUUCUUGAAAAAAUGUUCUCCAGUGUUUCCUUACCCCAUGGUGUUUCUUUGCACUUGCUCACAAAGCUACCACAUUGCAUUCUAAUCACUAGAAAGGUGUCUGGGGGAAUAGUUAUGUUGAAAGCAGCAUUGCUUCUUUGCAAAAGCCUCUUAAGAUGCAAGCAUUUUGCUUUUAGCCUGAACACCACCACUGGGGAAGUAAUUUUAGUUUUGCAAAAGCCGAAGUCAACUGGUGAGAGGCUAAUGUGGCUUUCAACUCUGCUGAUGUUUCAACCACUUCCAACCCCAUAAAUGGUAUUGGCAGGGAUAUACCAUCUUUUUCAGAUGAGGACAGAUUUCAGCCAGUCUGCUUGGGAGGUGCACUAUGGGAGUGUGCACAGAUUCCCCAAGCUAAAUCAGUUGCCCAUUCUGGUCUUGUAUCUAUAUCUAUCUAUCUAUCUAUCUAUGGCUGUCACUUUGAGAAUAUGCUGUGUGAGCUUGCUAGCUGCACUGUCCUGAUAGAAACCACUAUAUGGCCUCUGGAGUGGCAUUUAAUUUACAUCUAUCUCUGGCUUGGUUUUUCACAAUAUCUAACAAUGAAAUCAACUCUUCUAGUCUUGCAAAAGUUUUCAUAACUGCUUUGCCGCAGCAAAAGUAAUGUGGGCUUCAUUUGUUCCUUAAAGGGCUAGGACACAAGAGCUGCAUAAAAUACAACAGAAAUAGGAGCAAUUCAAAUGUUUGCCUGCCAACCAUUACAGCUAUGAAGUGAAUAAUGCAAUCAAUGUAUAGGUUUUUAAGUGGUUCUUCAUGCUGGUAGAGAUGCACAUGUGAGAAAAGCUUGAGGAAAUGUGAAAGAGCUUUACAGUGUAGGAACUUUGAAUUGCAGUCCUUUAAUCUGCAAUGUGUGCCAAAUAUAACAGUUCCGGAUUAGCCAUAUCCAGGAGGUAUUGUAUACAUGUAUUUUUGCACAAGUACAGAAUAAUUUAAUACUGGUUACGUAUCUAAUGGCUGUACAACUCCCACCAGUUUUUAUCUAAUAAAGGAAACUUUCAUAGGUUACCCUCCAGUAGAUCAUGCUGAGGUGAGUGUUAAGCUCUAAAUUGGUUGGGGCUGUCAACUUGCUGUAUUGGUGUACUUCUGCUGUGUUGUGUGUAUGUUGCUAUAGUGUACCCAUAAUGUCAGUGAGAUGGGUAAUUGCAGCAAAAUCUUGCCACAAUAGCUGUAUUCAGACUUCAGACAUUACUUCGUAUAGUUGUCUGUACUCGGGUAGAUGCUUGUGUGAAUGUCUGCCCAAGCAUUCAUUUUAACUGGAAGCUGUGUGAAAGCUCCCUCAAAUCCAAGGUAGAGAUAGGCAGUGUUACUGUAUGUGUGGUGCUAAACAUAAUAAGAGUUAAUAACAACUCAAGAUACCCCCAGCCCCCUUAUGUUUAGCUUCAAAACGGGUAGGAAAGAUAUACUCUAUUGCUGGCCUGGAAUUGUCAGCCAUAACUUUUACGACUGUUCAUCUUGUGCGACCUUGUCCACAUCUUAGUCAGUGCUUCAUUGUCUAAACAGAUGAAGAACCUCAGGUCAGGGGAAGAAAGAGCACGGGUUUCUUUGCUGUUCCCGCUCCCAUGAUUGUCACUGCUCUAUAGGAUACUAAAAAAGUUAUACCGACGACUACUGUACCCGGGAUUUCCAGUUCGCGUUGAUUCUAGCCGGUGACCACAGGGGGAGCCCUGUUCAUACGUUUUGUCCAGCAUUCGCCGAGUGCCUGCAGCAGGCCUGCUCAACUUAGGCCCCCAGCUGUUUAUAGACUACAACUCCCAUAAUCCCCAGCCACAGUGGCCAAUGACCAGGGAUUAUGGGAGUUGUAGGCCAACAUCUGCAGGAGGGCUGAAGUUGAGCAGCCCUGGUCUACACCUACAGUGACUCACAGUACCUCCUGGCCGCUCAGCUGCUGCUAGAAGAUUUCAGCAUGGAAGCAGCAGCAGGUGUCCUCCGCCCCGCCCUUCGUCGAAAGUGGGUCCAAUGACGUCAUCACGUUGAGGCUAGGAAGCCCCGCAACGUAGAGUAGGGCUGCAGGUCGGCCCGCCCGCCCGCCCUUUCGCUUCCGCCGGCGGCGGCCUCCCUCCUUUUUAAGGACUGACAUGGCGGAAAGAGGGAGGAGGGGAAAAUGGGGUCACGUUGCCACAGCAACCCCAGCGGCCUGUGCCCGCUGCCUACAGAGGAAGAAGCAGAGCGUACUUCCGGUGGCGGCAAGAGGGAGGGGGUUGCACCGGAAGGGGCUGCGCUUUGUUUGGACCUCAGGACAGGAGGUCGGAGCGAGGGUGAGUGAGAGGAGGAGGAGGAGUGGUGGGGGCUUGAUAAUCCGGCCUUGGCUCCCCCCGGCACCGCCUCGGGGGCUCGAGUGUCCCCUCACCUCCUCAGGUCUUGGGAGAAUUUGAAUCCUUGCUGUAACCCACUCUGGCAUGACUUUGCAUCACAAAGUUACCUGAUUUUGGCCACAGCCCACACAGGGCCAGGAAAAAAUGCCUGACCGUGACAACACCUAUAAUGGCAGCGGCAGUGAUGAGGCAAGUGCCAACUCGGAUGACAUCUGCCGGGAUUUUCUGCGCAAUGUCUGCAAACGGGGCAAGCGCUGCCGUUUCCGUCACCCCGACAUCAACGAGGUGACCAACCUGGGUGUCAGCAAGAACGAGUUCAUCUUCUGCCACGACUUCCAGAACAAGGAGUGUGUCCGCAUCAACUGCCGCUUCAUCCAUGGCACCAAGGAGGAUGAGGACUGCUACAAGAAGACUGGGGAGCUCCCCCCACGUCUCCGCCAAAAAGUGGCGGCUGGACUGGGCCUUUCUCCAGCUGAUCUCCCCAACAGCAAGGAGGAGGUACCCAUUUGCAGGGAUUUUCUCAAGGGGGAUUGCCAGCGGGGGGCCAAAUGUAAAUUCCAACAUCUGCAGCGGGAUUAUGAGUAUGAUGCCCGAGGACUGGCGACGCGGGAGCAGGGCAUCACUACACCUGUGCGGCGAUACGACCCUUAUGAUCCCAUGUAUGACUCUGACCGAUGCUAUGAUGACCAUGACCCCGUGCUCAAGCGGCGGCGGGUAGAUGGCCUCCACUUUGAGACUUACGAGUACAACUUCACCAGUCCUCGCACAGUGGAAUACCGGCUCCUUGAGGAGGAAAACCUUAUGCUCCGCAAACGUGUAGAGGACCUCAAGAAACAGGUCAACAACCUCCUAGCCACCAAUGAGGUCCUCCUGGAGCAGAACGCCCAGUUCCGCAACCAGGCCAAGGUGAUGUCUCUGAGCUCCACGGCCACAGCCACUGAGCAGACUCUGGCACCCACUGUGGGCACAGUCACCAACUACAACCACAGCAUUGCCCAGACUCACACCACCCUGAGCAGCCAAGCUCUGCAGCCACGGCCUGUCUCCCAGCAGGAUUUGGUGGCUCCAGCUGGAGCACAGGCAGCACCCCCCAGCAAUGCAGCGCCUCCUAUGAACCCGGAAAUCACCCCAUUAUCAGCAGCUCUGGCUCAGACCAUUGCCCAGGGGAUGGCCCCACCGGUCUCCAUGGCACCUGUGGCUGUGUCUGUCGCACCUGUGGCUGUGUCGAUGGCUCAGCCCCUGGGGGCCAUCACCAUGAGCCAUGCUACAACCCCCAUGGUGACAUACCCCAUAGCCUCCCAGAGUAUGAGGAUAACAGCCAUGCCUCACUAGCCUGCUUUCAAGGGAAGUCUCCUCAUCCAAUCUGUGCUGCCCCUAGGUCAAGGGAUAACACUGUUAGGAUCUGUUCAUAUCCUAGUCACAGUGAUUGACACAAGGAAAAGAGAUCUGAAAGCCAAUAGCAUUUUCAUCUCUUCACAGGGGGAAGGACUGUAGCUCAGGUUGACACUUGCCUCAAGCAGGCACACAUGGCUUUCCCUCCCCACAUGGCAACAGGGCUCAGGGAUAACAGGAUUAACAAAGCAAUUUAGAGAGCAGAGUGAUCGCAUAACUUUUGUAUGUACCUUGUUUCUGUUUCGUAGCUUGUCCAUCCUCAUGUAGUCAUCCACUAGACCCCUUCCUGAGUUGCGUAGCUGGGAUUCUUCCCCCUCCUAUGGAAAUGUGUGUGGACAUAUACACAGAGAGAGAGGGAGGAGGGGAGUCCAUCCUGUCCUGGGCCAGAGAGAAAGUCCAGUUAGGCUCUCCAGUGCUUGCCCAUGGAAUGGAUAGAGACUUGACUCUGCUCAGGGAAAGAAAGGGCAGAAGCUCAAAGCAAUACUAGCUUCACAUAGAGCAGAGCCUGAUUUGGCUUGCCUUGUGUAUCUUUGGGCCCGUUUUCUGGCCAUAGUAAGAUGAGGGUCCACAUUCCUGGGUAUAACUUAUUUCAGUUCUUUUGCUUUAAUAAACAGAAAAACCAAAACGGGCCUCAGAAAGCAACACUGAGCAUUCCUUGUGGCUUGGUUAGGAAUGAAAAGUUGAUAUUGUAACCCUGGAAAGCAGUUUGAACAUGUACCCUCACUAAAGCCCAGUACUUUGGAAGGCGGUUGUUCAGAGAUGACAUCUUUUGGAUGGAUUUCUGGUUUUCUUAAGAGCGGGAUGCAGUGACAGGAUCUAUUGUGGUCUGCUAAGACUGAGCAGCCUAACUUCCCACUGACACAAGCAGUGGCACUUGGUGUCUUGCGAGCCCAGAACAGCUUGGCAGCUUUUCCCCAGUUUUUUGUUCCUUCCACUGAGGUUUUUACUGCUUUAUGCCUAUUUCAUAUCUGGAUUGCUCUCGCAUCUAAGAACAUUGUUGUCUUGGUUGUCGUAGGGACUUGCCAUCACUUUGCACUCUGUUACAAGAUACACUUAAAAGAGAGACAGACAGACACAUACACACUCUUCCCUCAGUGGCUUGUGUUUGUAGCUGAUGGGAACUCAAAGCUCCUCCUUGGAUCUAAAGUCGCUUUUGCAUCUUUCAUGUUCCAUUUGGAUUGGUUUUUAUUAGAAUGUUUUAAAGAAAGAGAGGAAAGUGUUUCAUGACCCAGCUGUUUCGACAGUUAACAGUGUAAAUGUUUCAGCUAUUAAAACAAAUGUACAGCCCUCGCUAA